GAAAGACCUUAAUGCAAAGUUUAUUAUUUCAAUGGAAAAAAAUAAAACGACAAUCACAAACUUAAAGGUACCAGAGGGUGGUACUGGAGACACAGGACGGGAAAGAACUAAGACAUUUACCUAUGAUUUUUCCUAUUUCUCAGCAGACAGUAAAAGUCCCAGCUUUGUUUGUCAAGAAAUGGUUUUCAAAAAUCUUGGUACAGAUGUGCUUCAAUCUGCUUUUGAAGGUUAUAAUGCUUGUGUUUUUGCAUAUGGACAGACUGGAUCUGGGAAGUCAUACACCAUGAUGGGAAACACGGGUGAUGCAGGUUUAAUACCUCGAAUUUGUGAAGGAUUAUUCAGCAAAAUAAGUGAAAAAACAAAGCGGAACGAGGCAUCCUUUCGAACAGAAGUCAGUUAUCUGGAAAUUUAUAAUGAGCGUGUGAGAGAUCUUCUCAGACGGAAGUCAUCAAAAACUAAUAAUUUACGAAUACGAGAACAUCCAAAAGAAGGGCCUUAUGUUGAGGAUUUGUCUAAACAUUUAGUGCAAAAUUAUACUGAUGUAGAGGAACUUAUGGACGCAGGAAAUAUAAAUAGGACGACGGCUGCAACUGGAAUGAAUGAUGUCAGUAGCAGGUCGCAUGCCAUUUUCACGAUCAACUUCACUCAGGCUAAAUUUGAUUCUGAAAUGCCUUGUGAAACUGUUAGCAAGAUUCAUUUGGUAGAUCUUGCUGGAAGUGAGAGAGCAGAUGCCACCGGUGCCACAGGGGUUAGAUUAAAGGAAGGAGGGAAUAUUAACAAAUCUCUAGUUACUCUGGGAAAUGUAAUUUCUGCCUUAGCUAUUUCACCUGCUGAUGUCAAUUAUGGAGAAACUUUAAGUACACUUCGCUAUGCAAAUAGAGCCAAAAACAUCAUCAACAAGCCUACUAUUAAUGAGGAUCCUAACGUCAAACUGAUCCGUGAGCUGAGAGCCGAAAUAGCCCGAUUAAAAGCCCUGCUUGCUCAAGGGAAUCAGAUUGCGCUCCUGGAUUCUCCAACAGCUUUAAGUAUGGAAGAAAAGCUUCAGCAGAAUGAAGCAAGGGUACAAGAACUGACCAAAGAGUGGACAAACAAGUGGAAUGAAACCCAAGAUAUUCUGAAAGAGCAAACCUUGGCUCUGAGGAAAGAAGGGAUAGGCGUUGUGUUAGAUUCUGAACUGCCUCAUCUCAUUGGCAUUGAUGAUGAUCUGCUCAGUACUGGUAUCAUCUUGUACCACUUGAAGGAAGGCCAAACAUAUGUUGGCAGAGAAGAUGCUGUGACAGAACAGGAUAUUGUUCUUCAUGGCCUUGAUUUGGAAAGUGAGCAUUGCAUCUUUGAAAAUCUCAAUGGUACUGUGAAUCUAAUACCACUGAAUGGAGCGCAGUGUUCUGUGAAUGGUAUUCAGAUUACAGAGGCCACACACCUAAACCAAGGUGCUGUUAUAUUACUUGGGAGAACCAAUAUGUUUCGCUUUAACCACCCCAAAGAAGCUGCUAAGCUAAGGGAAAAAAGAAAGAGUGGACUGCUAUCUUCCUUCAGCUUGUCUAUGACAGAUCUUUCAAAAUCUUGUGAGAACCUGUCAGCGGUUAUGCUUUAUAAUCCAGGGUUAGAAUUUGAGAGACAACAGCGAGAGGAGCUUGAAAAAUUAGAAAGUAAAAGGAAACAAAUAGAAGAGAUGGAAGAAAAACAAAGAUCUGACAAAGCAGAACUUGUAAGAAUGCAGCAAGAAGUAGAGUCACAGCGCAAAGAGACAGAAAUAGUACAGCUGCAAAUUCGAAAACAGGAAGAGAGUCUGAAACAGAGAAGUGUUCACAUUGAGAGCAGGUUAAAGGAUUUGCUGGCUGAAAAAGAAAAAUUUGAAGAAGAGAGAUUACGGGAACAACAGGAGAUAGAGCUUCAAAAGAAAAAGCAACAGGAAGAAAUUUUUGCCCGGGUCAAAGAGGAGUUGCAGCGACUACAAGAACUUAAUCAUAAUGAAAAAGCAGAGAAAAUGCAGAUUUUCCGUGAACUAGAAAAGCUUAAAAAGGAAAAAGAUGAACAGUAUAUUAAGCUGGAAUCAGAAAAAAAAAGACUUGAAGAACAAGAAAGGGAGCAGGUGAUGCUGGUGGCUCAUCUAGAAGAACAGCUUCGAGAGAAGCAGGUCAUGAUAGAGCUCCUGAAGAGAGGGGAUGUACAGAGAGUUGAAGAAGAGAAAAGAGAUCUUGAAGAUAUCAGAGAAUCUCUUUUGAAAGUCAAGGAAGCCCGAUCUGAAGGUGAUGAAAACAGUGAAGAGUUAGAAAAAGCACAGCAUGAUUUCAUAGAGUUUAAAAGGAAACAACUGGAACAGCUGACUAUUUUGGAAAAAGAUUUAAUUCAACAAAUGGAACACCUGGAAAAGGAAAUAGCAGAUGAAAAAAGAGCUCUGGAGCACUUAAAAUUUGCACAUGAAGAGCAUUUAGAUCUCAAGAGAGAUGAUGAAAACUUUGUGGAUGCUGUACUCAAGGCUGAAGAAUUUGACAAGAUAAAGCCAGCGGAGUACAGGCUCCAAUCUAAAGUACGCCAGCUUGAGUACCUGAAGAGUAAUCAUUUGCCAGCUCUGCUGGAAGAAAAACAAAGAGCUUCUGAAGUUCUUUGUAGGGGCUUGUUAGGGUUAGAUAAUACUCUCUAUCAAAUAGAGAAAGAAAUAGAAGAAAAAGAAGAGCAGCUUGCCCAGUAUAGAGCUAGCACAAAUCAGUUGCAGCAGCUUCAAGAAACCUUUGAAUUCACAGCCAAUGUAGCUCGUCAGGAAGAAAAGGUUCGGAAAAAGGAAAAAGAAAUCCUUGAAUCAAGGGAAAAACAGCAGAGAGAGGCGCUGGAGCAAGCUGUUGCUAAGUUAGAAAGGAGGCACUCUGCUUUGCAACGUCGUUCAACAAUAGACUUUGAAAUCGAAGAGCAGAAACAGAAGCUUGCCACCUUGAACAACAGCUGCAGCGAACAGGCCGGUCUGCAGGCUAGUCUAGAAGCUGAGCAGAAAGCCCUUGAACAGGACCGGGAACGAUCUUUUUAUAGCCUGGACCAGGAAAUUCAGCAGCUGAAGCAAAAAAUAUACGAGGGUGAUGGUGGUCAGAAAGGAAAUCAUGGAACAUUAGAAGAGAGACUCUCCCAUACAGUCUCCCCUACCAGCCCAACAAAGCCACAGCCACCCGCUGCUCCACUAGUCGAUGAUAGGAUAAAUGCCUUCAUUGAACAAGAAGUGCAGAGAAGGCUCCAGAAUAUUCAUCAUAAAGCUGAGGAUAAUGAUGUUAGCCUGUCUUGGUCUACAGAAGGUUUAAAGGAUAAUGAGAGGCUUAAUAAUGGCACUGUUCAACGCAAGCUGAAGUAUGAGCGGAUGGUCUGUCGUUCUCUGGGAGCAAAUCCAGAUGACCUAAAGGACCCAGUUAAAAUUAGUAUUCCUCGCUAUGUCCUGUGUGGGCAGGGAAAGGAUGAACACUAUGAGUUUGAAAUCAAGAUAACAGUCCUGGAUGAGACAUGGACAGUAUUCAGGCGGUACAGUCGUUUUCGGGAAAUGCAUAAAACUCUAAAACUCAAGUACCCAGAGCUUGCCACUUUAGAAUUCCCUCCAAAGAAGCUCUUUGGAAACAAGGAUGAACGAGUGAUUGCAGAACGACGGAGUCACUUAGAGAAAUACCUCAGGAGCUUUUUCUCUGCAAUGCUGAAAUCUCCAUCGUCUCCGCUGCACAUUGACAAAGUGGGUCUAACUCUCUCAAAACACACCAUCUGCGAAUUCUCACCCUUCUUCAGGAAAGGUGUUUUUGACUACAGCAGCCAUGGGACCAGCUAAGUUUUGGGCCAGGACCCUUCUGCUGGAGGAGCACAGUCAGAGUGGUGCCUUCACUUCCGUGGUGCGAAAGAAACGGGGGGGAAAAGAAAAAAGGUAUCUUCCUCCAUACCUGGGAAGUUGCAUCAAAACAACUCCAGUUAAAGACAGCUAUGCCCCAAUGCUAGCCUUUGGCCUUUACCACUUCUCAUAUUAGUGCCUGCAUUUUUCUGGCAUGGGUUACACAGACAUUUUUGUGUAAGUUGCUCUGUUAAUACUGUACAAAGAUUCUGACUCUUGUGCUGUGGUUGCAUCUGCUCCUUAGCGGGAGUGCUUCCUUCCCAUUUGCUCAGACAAUUUGUUGUGGUGGUGCGAGAGCAUCUCGUGUUUACCGUGGUAGUGUGUCAUGCUGACAGAGGGGUUUUGAGCAGCCUUUUGGUUUCUGUCCAAGCUGUUCCUUAAAGAACACUUCCUCUUUUGUUUCCUUAUAGCAUACUGUGGCAUUUAAGGUAAUGCUCAUACUCCACUGUCGUUUCUUUUUUUUCCCUCCCAGCCACACAUUUUAACUAUUUGACUGUAUAAUUGUAUAGUUUUCCUCAGAAUAAUUAAAGGGCCUGGGUAACUUGAAUGUUUACAAAAAUAUAUGCAGCAGAAAGAAUAUCGUUUAAACCCUGUAUAAGUCUUCCACACUUGGUUCUUUUGAAGCAGAACGAAUCACUUGCCAUUAAUUAAGAAGCAGAGGAAGCAAUAGUUACUGAAGAAUGCGGUCAGCAUCUUUUCAGAUUUUCUAAUUACCCAGACUGUAAGUGGAUACUGUGCACUGUACAGAGCUCAUAGCUAUGCAUAAAGCUAAUGCAAAGUGCUAUAUUUCUUUUUUUUUUUUUUGAAAAAUAGCUUCUUCACAAUAGAGUAACACUGUAAAAUCUGAGUUUUAUUUGCAUCAGUUAAAAUUUACAGAUUUUGACUAAUAGUACUUUAAACGUACUCAGGACUUAUUCAGACUUG